AUGGAUGCAUUGAAGUCCUAUCUUAUUGCUAUCAGACACACUCUCAACGCUGCCCUUUGCAUUGAAAAUUUCCCUUCCCAGGUCGUUGAGGGCCAUAAUAAGCCAGAGGUAGAAGUUAAGACCUCCAAAGAAUUGCUUUUGAAUCCGGUGGUAAUCAGUCGCAAUGAAAAAGAACGUGUGCUUGUUGAGGGCUCUGUCAAUUCAGUCCGCAUUAGUAUAUGCAUAAAACAGUCCGAUGAAAUAGAGCGGCUUCUCUGUCACAAAUUUACUCGUUUUAUGAUGAUGCGUGCCGACGAUUUUGUAAUAUUGCGAAGAAAGCCUGUGCCGGUAAGCCCUUAUAAGAAAAAUACUUUUUGCUAA